CGUUUCCUUCACUUUUAUUUGUUGCUUCUUCACCUUUCUCCACUCUCUCUCUCUCUCUCUCUCUCUACGUUCUCUCUCUACAAUGGCUGUCCCCUCCCUCCUCUCUUUUCUCCUCCCCUUCCUCCUCUCUUUCUCUUCUUCCCUCUCCACCAACUCCGAAGGAAAUGCUUUGCAUGCUUUGAGAAGCAAACUCUCCGACCCCACCAACGUCUUGCAGAGCUGGGAUCCAACUCUUGUCAAUCCUUGCACCUGGUUCCAUGUCACCUGUGAUUCUAAAAACCACGUAAUUCGUCUGGACUUGGGCAAUUCAAAUAUUUCUGGAUCUUUGGGUCCGGAGCUUGGUGAACUCAAGCACCUACAAUACUUGGAACUUUAUAGGAAUAAUAUAGGAGGGAAAAUUCCCAAGGAGUUGGGUAAGUUGAAAAACCUUGUGAGCAUGGACAUGUAUGACAACAAAUUUGAAGGAGAAAUCCCGAAGUCCUUUGCCAAGUUGAAGUCUCUCCGAUUUCUACGGCUUAGUAACAACAAGCUAACAGGAUCAAUUCCAAGAGAACUCGCCACUCUCUCUGACCUGAAAGUUUUUGAUGUUUCUAAUAAUAAUCUCUGUGGAACGAUUCCCGUUGAUGGUCCUUUCGGGAAUUUUCCAAUGGAAAGCUUUGAAAACAACAAACUUAAUGGACCUGAGCUGAAAGGACUGGUACCCUAUGACUUUGGAUGCUGAAGAAGUCUAGAAAUGCUAAUGGAUACUCUCCAUUGUAUGCUUUUAUGCUGAAUACAACUAAAUUAUAAACGACAGAUUAUAUGUGUCUUUACAUUCUAUAUGUUAGCAGUGACAAACGUUGUGGCAACCUAAGUUAGCAAGAGUAAUACGAUAAUAAUGAGCUUGAAAUUCCCAAGUUCAAUCAAUCUUUGUGCAAAACAUUCUUGGAUUAUACAAAUUUAGUUGUCAUGAGUA